AUGACACUCCGCAAGAGACUGGCAUCCAUCCAUUUGAACGACGUCCUCAUCCAAUUUCUUAUCAUCUUUGAAAGGCACAACGUUGCUUCUACCAAGUGGUUCAAAAAUCUAUUGAACGGGGAAGAGGAAGUUCAAAUCAUAUUCAACUACCUCGCGCGCAGGUUUCCAGGGCUGAGAGAUAACAUCAAAGCCCGAAAUGCUUAUUUGAUCACUGACUUCAAGAAAGCCCUUCAAGAAAGCCCUUCAAGAAAGCCCUUCAAGAAAGCCCUUUCACUGCAGAACUCAAAGAGCUCUUUCAACAUCAACUUCAAACAUUCCGGCUGGCACCAGCUAGAGCGCUUACAUAUAAAAAACCAGAUGUAUGCAAUUGUUCCUUUCUUCAAAGAGGUGGGAUCCGGGAGUGGGCCUGGGUUUCGAGCGCAAUUCUGGCAACUCACAGAGCCUACCCUGUUGGAAAACCAGUAUCAGCCAUUGAUCAGAACCGUGUCGUCAAGCCUGAUGAAACAGAUUGACCACAUCACCCAGCAAUCCAGGAAUAUUAACAAUUUGGCUCCGAUCACUCCGAGCUUGUUGUCGAGCCUGAUGAAACAGAUCAGCCACAUCAGCCCAUUCGGGGAGAACCACAGAUUGCCUCCGCUCACUCAGAUCUUGUCCUUGAAGAUUUUACACAGUAUGGUACGAUUCUUGGGCCGAUAUCAUACAACACGGGCGGACCAGGGGGCCACUCUUGGAUGGAGGGAGUUUCAUGAUUUCCAAAAGCUUGAUGAAGCAAUCACAUUAUUCUCGGAUACAAUCAAAUCAGUCUACUUCAAGUAUGGCCAGACCUUGAAAGAACUUGUAGGCUCAAUCUAUGAAAUCGACAAAAAUAUCCCAAUGAUUUACUUGAUGGAUAUCAACGACAGCAACCAGCUCUUGGAGAAUGAAAUCACCAUCAGAAUGAAUCUUGACCAGUCUCCUCAGCUUCCCCUAUUUCAACCAAUCAUUUGUAACAUUUUGCAACAUCUCAAAGCUUCCAAAAAAAUUGUUGAUGCACGUGAACGGCUCAUUGUACUGCGUGGCAUUCUUCUCAAUCCUGAGAAUACAGACAAACCUGUCUAA